AUGGGUCGGCUCGCUUCCUUGAAAGACAUUCGUAUAUGGUCUUUGCUAAGUCGCGGUACAGCUACGUGGCGAGCCGUAUUGGCUGAGAACAAGCCAAAGAAAGAGGUUAUCUUGAAAACUUUAUGGAGAUCGCAAACUCAGGAAUGUGAAUUCAACGUCAACGGGCACAUCAAGUCACAUUUUCCAGGCGUCGCUGAACUCAGAAGGAAGACCCACGCUUGUGUUACGGCUGGCAUCUUGCGCUCUCUUAUUCUCGAUGAUAACGCUGGUGUUCCCUAUGAUGCCACCCUCCAUCGUCUCGUGCUGCAAACUGCGGAAAGCCCUUUGUGGGAUGCCGACACAACGAAAGAUUUCAUUCUAGUCUCUCGCUGCACUCAAAGGUUCGGCAUCAGACAUCAAAGACUCGUGGAGCAAGGCAUUCUUCAUCGAGACCUGAGUCCGGGCAAUAUCUUUGUCGGCGGUGGUCCGGAUUGUGCUGAAGGCUGGGAGGGGUUUGUUGCAGAUCUCGACCUUGCCUCGGUGGCACAGCCAGAUACCGAAACCGUAGUCUCAUCGCAUCCGCUCUCCCCCGCCGCAGGCCAGUUGAACACUAGAAGUGUCUUUCUGGAGGAAACCGUUCCUGGUGCAGAGAUCACAGGUAUUGCUUUAAUGGCUGAAGAGUUUCUAUCCACGAUGUUUCUCCCGGACGAAGAGAACAUUCGACCAGCUCAAAUUAAACGCGAAGUGCACCAUGACCUGGAGUGA